AUGGCUCCGUCUUUCCUCAGCAGUCUACGCCGCCGCUCGAGGGCCAGUUUCCGCACCGAUCGUUCUACAGAUACGUCAAGCGAUGGCGCUGGAAGCCAGGGAACGUCACCUUCGAGCGGUUCCCUUACGCCGCCCUCUCUCGACCACCAGUCAGAUCCCGCUCUGCACCUGCAAGUCAAAGAUCAGCAGCAACAGCAACAGGUCCAGCGCCGAAAGUCCCAGAUCACCCAGAGCCAAAGCAUGCAAAUUGUCCCACCGCGACCUCCCCUGUCAGCACACUCGAACCGCGGCAGCGUCUCGGGCAUGUCCGGACUCGGUGCGCCUGUCAACGGAAAACAGAACUUGCCAGUGUCGCCGUAUGCUCCGAGGUUGACCAACAUUGCUGAAAACGCAUGGGUUUACCAAAAAGUUCUUCUAGUAUACGGCACGAUUGGCGAUCCUGCCCAUCAUGCGCUCGACGGAACCCUCAAUGUCUGCCGCCUCGACGACAAUUUCCCCGCGAUCAGCUGGCCCGUCUGCAGCUCACAUUUCAAGGCUUUGGUCUACCUUCAACCAGGCGCAAACAAACUACGAUUCGAGUUCUCAAGUCCCAAGCUCGCAAACAGCAACAGCUCCAAUCCGAUUCACGCCUCCUACUUGACCGUCCACAUGCUCCCGACAACCAACUCUCCGCCAUUGCAACUUGCCAUCGUGCUCGCCAAGGACUCCCCAGGAACCUUUGACGCUUCGCCCGCGCGCGCUGAGAGGGAAGGGAAUGGGUUGGAGACCGCUGUCAAGAAGUUCAGGAUGGCAGCCUACCUGUGGCAGGCAUUCACGUCGGAGCAGAUGUGGCGGAAUAAGCUUGGGCGACGAGCUUUCCGGUUCGAUGAAGAGUGGAUGACAGGCACCGCCAACUAUCGAGACCGAGAGAAUGGUGUUAUGCGAUCCGAGGCGAGAGUCCAUAUUAUCCGAUGCGACAAGACUGUUGCCGAGCUCCGAGAUCUCAACAAGGCCCAGCAGAACGAAAAGGCUACCCAGAAGGAUGCGCUGUUUGGAAUCGCCUCGGAGGCUGUAAAGAAGCACUUCAACCCUCUCCCCGGCCAAAAGCUCUAUGUUUCGGCUCUACUUUUGGACGCACACUGGGACAAGGGCGCAAAGACCGUGACGGGUCAUGCCGCCCUUGGAGGCGGAGAUGGCGAUCUACAACUGGCAAUUUUUGGGUCUCACUGUCUGCAGAGCUAUCCCACGAGUUUCGAGGAGGUUGUUCCAGCCUUCACUGACUGCACACCCACCGACACCAACUAUGUGGCCAACGACUGCAACGAGGCCGGCAGCUCCUGGGAGGCUGCCAACAUUGGAAUCGGUGCGCAUCUCCAUGAGACGGGUCACCUCUUUGGGUGCCCCCACCAAGAGAGUGGUGUCAUGUUGCGAGAUUACGUUGUUCUCAACCGCACCUUUGUUGCCCGCGAAGCGUACUGUACCAGAACCAAGUCCAAGGGGGGCCUGGCAAUGCAAACUGAUGAGUGUGGGUGGCACCGCCUCGAUUGCCUGCGCUUCCGGGCUCAUCCAGCUUUCCGUCUUCCGAAUGAUGCCCCGAUGAACCCCGAUGGCAGCGUCCAGGCCUUCCCGGUCGAAAAUGGCAACGUCCUUGUCAUGGCGGCUACCGGCAUCUACUUUGUAGAGAUCUUUGCUGAAGGCGACGACGUGUGCCACUCCUGGAUUGAGUAUCCGACCGACCAAGGAGCACCUUCGCGACAGGUGACACUGAGCGAACAGGAGCUUCGUGCCAGAAUGCCCGAGAAUAAGAGAAAGGGUCGCUUCAGAAUCUCGAUCAAAUCGUACGGAGGCGGAUCGUUGGAUAUUGAUGACUUUAAGGCGUUUGCGUCAAAAGAAUCGUCCGUCAAGCUGUCGAAUGGAAAGACUGCAUUCCGAAGCAAGAAGCUCGGAUCCUCAAAGAUGGAUGGGAGUCAGCCUGCGGAGGUCAUCUUCACCAGCGCUGUGAAGCAGGAUCGUAUCCUUUCGCGGGUGAUUGUCUACCACGGAAUGGCGCUAGAUGGGUUGGAGUUUGUCUAUGAUGAUGAGUCGACUCAGGUGUUUGGUAAGAAGGGUGGUAAGAAGGGAGGCGAUGUUUUUGAAUUCGAUGUCCGCCGUGGCGAGUACAUUAGCGGUUUCGUCGUGCGGUCCGGCUUCUGGAUUGACGGCAUCCAAAUUCUGACAAGCCUGGGUCGGAAGUCGCCCGUGUAUGGCAAUGCAAAUGGCGGAGAUUCACACACUUUGAUACCCCCCCGAGGAUACACCAUCUGCGGCGUUUCAGGCUCAUGUGGCCAGUGGCUUGAUGGUUUCUCAGUUCUUAUCACACGAUGA